UUCAGUUAACUGUUGCGGGUUGGUUGAGACAUACAAGCCCAUCUUGAUCGCAAAGUGUUGAGGAGCUAAACCUAGUGCAAAAUGAAAUCCAUGCUCAUUUUCGGCCUUGUGGCGAUGUGCGUGCUGGUGGCUAGCGCCAGCGAUGAGGCACCCAAGAAGACCGUCGAGGCAGCCGAGCCCGCUGAGAAGAAGCAGGAGAAGCGCGGCAUUGGCCACGGUUUGGGCUAUGGAUACGGUCCCUCUGCGGGAGGCGCCAUCCUUGGAUCCGGAAUCGGAGUUGGAGUUCCAGUGGCCCCAGCUGUCGCUGAGCUGCCCACCCAGGUGCACACCAACACUGUUGUGAGGACCGUGCAGGUUCCCUACCAGGUGGAGCGUCACGUUCCCUACCCAGUCGAGAAGACCGUCACCUACCCUGUUAAGGUGCCCGUGCCCCAGCCCUACCCCGUUGAGAAGAUCGUCCAUGUCCCGGUCAAGGAGAUCGUGAAGGUGCCCGUCGAAGUGCCCCAGCCCUACCCCGUCGAGAAGGUCAUCCGCGUGCCCGUGAAGAUCCCUGUCGACCGUCCCUACACCGUUCAUGUUGACAAGCCCUACCCCGUGCCCGUUGAGAAGCCCGUGCCAUACACCGUUGAGAAGCGUGUGAUCCACAAGGUGCCCGUCCAUGUGGAGCGCCCAGUGCCCUACAAGGUGGCCGUGCCCGUGCCCGUCCAUGUUGAGAGCCACGUGAAGCCCGCCGUGGCUGUUACCCACACUGUCGCCGCUGCUCCAGCUAUCAUUAGCCACGGUUACUCCGGACACGGAAUCUCUGGCCACGGAAUCUCCGGACAUGGCAUCUCCUCUUACGGCAUCUCCGGACACGGAAUCUCCUCGUACGGCAGCUCCGGACACGGUGGCUACCUCCACAAAAAGUAGACGAAAUCGCAAAUGCUGUCGAGGGCCAAUUGAGAAGUGAAAUCGGGUGAAGGCGAGCGAACAACAACAAGUCGAAAGUAUCCAAAAGACAUUAAGAAUCAAGUACCCCCACCACGCCCACAUUCCCACGCCCAGCAACCGCCAACGUACGACUUACAAAUUUAGUUUUAGUUUGUGAUACCAACCGAAAUUCUAGGAGGACCCGAAGCAGGAGAAGAUCACACACCUGACGCAAACCAUUAUAGAAAGCUUGCCAAAACCCAUCUGGGGCGUUCAGUAAGUGCCUGUCUCCUUGCUUCCGUUUCCAUCGAGUGUACAUUUCUUUUGUAGACAAUCACAGAGAAAUAACUGCUGACGAGUUGCUCCUUCGACUUUUUCAUGUAAAUUUCUUUUCUAUGAAAUGUUUGUACAUAUUUAAAUAAUGUAAAUAAAACGAAAAUUAAAAAAAAAAAA